AUGGCGGAGCCGCCCGUGGUGCCGGUGUUCUGCACCGGCGUCUCGGCGCAGGUGCGGCGCCAGCGGGCCAAGGAGCUGGGGCUGGGCCGGCACGACAACGCCGUGCGCUACCUGGGCCAGGAUUUCGGGCAGCUGGCCGAGGAGUGCCGGCGCUCCGGGACCCUGUUCCGGGACCCCUCCUUCCCCCCGGCCGCCGCCUCCCUCGGCUUCCGCGAGCUGGGCCCCGGCUCCUCCAAAACGCGCGGCGUGCAGUGGAAGAGGCCCACGGUGAGCCCGGCUCCGUCCCCGCGCCCCCCGAAAAGUCCCGUGGGAGCGCGGGAGCAUUCCCUGAUUUCGGCUUUCCCGCAGGAGCUGUGCCCGCGCCCGCAGUUCAUCGUGGACGGCGCCACGCGCACCGACAUCUGCCAGGGAGCGCUGGGUGACUGUUGGCUGCUGGCGGCCAUCGCCUCGCUGACGCUCAACGAGACCCUCCUGCACCGCGUGGUGCCGCACGGGCAGAGCUUCCAGCAGGGCUACGCCGGCAUCUUCCACUUCCAGAUCUGGCAGUUUGGCGAGUGGCUGGACGUGGUGGUGGACGAUUUCCUGCCCACCAAGGACGGGAAGCUGCUCUUCGUGCACUCGGCCGAGGGCUCCGAGUUCUGGAGCGCGCUGCUGGAAAAGGCCUAUGCCAAGGUGAACGGCUGCUACGAGGCGCUGUCGGGCGGCAGCACCUCCGAGGGCUUCGAGGACUUCACGGGCGGCGUCACCGAGUGGUUCGACCUGCGCCGGCCCCCGGCCGACCUCUACCAGAUCAUCCUCAAGGCGCUGGAGCGCGGCUCCCUGCUCGGCUGCUCCAUCGACAUAACCAGCGCCUUCGACAUGGAGGCGGUGACCUUCAAGAAGCUGGUGAAGGGCCACGCCUACUCGGUGACUGGCGCCAAGCAGAUCCCGUACCGCGGGCAGGCCCUGGAGCUGAUCCGGAUGCGCAAUCCCUGGGGAGAGGUGGAGUGGACGGGCGCCUGGAGCGACGGCUCGGCCGAGUGGCACGCGGUGGAGCCAGCGCUGCGCCAGCAGCUCAUGGUCAAGAUGGAGGAUGGGGAAUUCUGGAUGUCCUUCCGGGAUUUCCUGCGGGAAUUCACCCGCCUGGAGAUCUGCAACCUCACCCCGGACGCGCUGCAGUCCCGCAAGUUCCGCAAGUGGAACACGCGGCUCUACGACGGGACGUGGCGGCGCGGCAGCACCGCCGGCGGCUGCCGCAACUACCCCGCCACGUUCUGGAUCAACCCCCAGUUCAAGAUCCAGCUGGAGGAGGUGGACGAUGACCGGGACGAGGACGGCGGGCGGGAGCCGGGCUGCAGCUUCCUGCUGGCGCUGAUGCAGAAGCACCGGCGCCGCGAGCGCCGCUACGGCAAGGACAUGGAGACCAUUGGCUUCGCUGUCUAUGAGGUCCCUCCCGAGUACGUGGGGAGGUCGGGCGUGCACCUGAAGCGGGAGUUCUUCCUGGCCAACGCCUCGCGCGCGCGCUCCGAGCAGUUCAUCAACCUGCGCGAGGUGAGCACGCGCUUCCGGCUGCCGCCCGGCGAGUACAUCGUGGUGCCCUCCACCUUCGAGCCCAACAAGGAGGGCGACUUCGUGCUCCGCGUCUUCUCCGAGAAGAGAGCCGGCACCGAGGAGAUGGACGACAAGAUCCAGGCCACGCUGCCGGACGAGAAAGUGCUGGGCGAGAGCGAAAUCGAUGAGAACUUCAAGCAGCUCUUCAGGCAGCUGGCGGGGCCGGACCUGGAGAUCAGCGUCACCGAGCUGCAGACCAUCCUCAACCGCAUCAUCGCCAAACACAAAGACCUGCGCACCAAGGGCUUCAGCAUCGAGUCCUGCCGCAGCAUGGUGAACCUGAUGGACAAAGACGGGAACGGGAAACUGGGCCUGGUGGAGUUCAACGUCCUCUGGAACCGGAUCCGCAACUACCUGAGCAUCUUCCGCAAGUUUGACCUGGACAAGUCAGGCUCCAUCAGUGCCUACGAGCUGCGCCUGGCGCUGGAGGCUGCAGGCUACCGGCUGAGCAAGAGGCUGCACGAGCUGCUCAUCACCCGCUACGCCGAGCCCGACCUGGCCCUGGACUUCGACAGCUUCGUCUGCUGCCUCGUGCGCCUGGAGACCAUGUUCCGGUUUUUCCAGGCCAUGGACGUGGACAAGGACGGCGUCGUCACCUUCGACCUGCUGCAGUGGCUCCAGCUCACCAUGUUCGCCUGACCAGACUCUCCAAGUGCCUUCCACCACCCCGCGCCGGUUUUUUCCCUUUUUUUGGCUUUUUUCAGCAGAAAAGGCUGGAUGAGGGGGUGGGGUGGGGGUCACACAGGACCCCCACCGAGCUUUGCCGAAGCCCCCCAUCCGUCCCUCACCUCACGCUUGCCCUUUUGGGGCAAAUCCUCCGGAUUUUGGUGCCUCUUUGCUGACGGAGUCCCGGCCGUCGCCAUUCGCUUCAGGGAUCUGCUGCCCCUGGGUGCCAUAAAGUGAUUUUUUUAUUGUAUAAAUUAAAAAUGAGGUAAAAACCAAAGAAAAAAAAUGUUAUUUAAGUCAAAA